GAAAAACGCAGAGAGCUGAAGUUUGAUGGUCGCCUAGAAAAGGAGCUUUCUGAAACCUAUGCAUUUCUGAUGGUUGAUCGACCUCAGAUCCAAAGCAUCUGUGAAAAGGGACUGCAGGUGGGCCACUCCAAAAUAACAAUUCUCGGCAGCCCUUCCAUGGGUGUAUAUAUCUCCAGGUAUGCCGAUUUAUUGCAGCCUAAUCCUCUAGAAGAUGGAGCAACUGGAGAUGUGAUUGUUUUUAAAAUAAUAAAGGGAAAAAUGAAAAGCAUAUAUGACCACAUUGGUAUGAAAGCAAUGGAAUCAACAGUAAAGAGCGCAUUGGAUCCAACACCAAAGCAUGAGUGUCAUGUUUCAAAGAAUGCUAAUAAAGUAACCUCCUUGUUGGCUUACCGAGCCUACGAACGUACUCAGUACUAUUUUUACGAAUAUGGCUUUGAUGAGAUAAGGCGAAGACCAAGACAUGUUUGUCCGUAUGCUGUGGUUUCGUUUACUUAUAAAGAUGAAAUGCUGCAAGUACCAAAAUUCUUGCCCCCAUCAAGAUCAAACAGCUUCAACACAGAUAGAAAUACAGAUAAAUCUAACUAUACAUUAUGGAGGGGACAGCUUUGGAAUAAAGGCAAACUUCUGUGCCACGUUUCCUUGAAAUCAGCAGCACGUCCUUUCCUUCCAUGCAAGCUUCCUGAGAAGCUUGAGAUUGAAAAAGUUGUGAGCAUUGAUCAACUGAAGAAAAAAAUUUCACCAGCGUUGUUCUAUAAAGAAACUUACCUAGGAGCAAGAGAAGUGUUGAAGAACGGCAUGUACUGUAGCCUUUAUGAAGUUGUGGAGAAGUCCCGUUCUGGUAGUCACUUGGAGGGUUUACUUCAGAAACUAGAGAAAGAGAAACUUGUUCUUGUGAAACCACUUCUGGACAGAGGAUUUCUUUUUCUUCUUUCUCCUUGGCAAAUGAUGUCCCCUUACGACCACCAAACAGGACGGCCCCGCAUGCUACAUGCAUUGUUUCUGUUUCCAGAACCUAGAGGUGUAAUGAGCUCAACACAAAAAAGUGUUCCAUUUGGAACACAGAAAAGUUCAACUACCAUGGUGUUGCACGAAAAUCGGGAAAUCAUUCCAGAAUUCACAAAGUUUAUUCAGUCUCUACAUUUUGCUUUAAUCCAGUCUCGUAAAGACACUACUGCAGAUUUCAAUGCUGUUGUGGAAAAGUAUAUAAAUGAGUAUUUGAAAAGAUGCUGUAGUGGCUCUGGAAAAUAUAGAGAAUUUGUUUUAUAUCGGUAUGAAUCACGGUUGGAUGACAAAAAAUUUCUUUAUCCUGCUCCAAAAAAUAAAUCUCAUGUUGACAGCUCCUUGCAAAACUAUAUUUUUGGUUGUGAGGCAUAUCAACUACCUGUUUCUAGAGCUAAGGAACUGAUGGAGGGAAAUCGGAAACUUCAACAGUUCAGUCCCAUCUCAGAUUAUGAAGCCACAGAAGACGACUCUGAUUUUGCCAAUGCAAAAUGUGGGAAAAGAAUCCGUGCAAAAUAUGAAGCCACUGCUGCCAAGCGAAAACUGCCUCAUUCUGGAGAUUAUGAUACCGAAAGACUCAAAGAACUUAUUAACUUAAUCCAGUGUAGAAAAAAAAAUGUAGGUGGAGAUUCUGAUUCUGAAGACCUUAGAAAUAAAAGUGGUCUGAAAAGGAAGCUGGAAAAACAGUCUGAAAAUUUGCGGAAAUACUUAAAAAUAAGUGAAUCUUCAGAGAAUAGUUUUCAGUAUGAAGGGGGCAGAACCUCGGAUUCGCCACACUCUGUUUUCUCAGUUAAUACUGGUCUUGGACAUGAUACUGACUUGAGGCAGCAAGAUGUAUCCGACCCUGCUGUAUCUGACACACAUGGCCUCAUUAAACUGCUUUUAGAAACGCUAGCUAGUGCAGGACGCUUGGAUUCGUCGUUGGCACGGUCUGUAAAUCAAGCUUUAGGAUUAAGCACUGAUGAAAUUGAAGAGGAUAUGAGACAAAACUAUGAAUAUGAAUCCAUUCCAGCGCAGGACAAAGAUGAUCAUGAGCUUCCUAAUACUGCUCAGGCUGAAAAUGUUAACUUUAAGGACCCACAGAGCCCAGUGAUACUGGAAACUGAUGCAGUAUGCUUACCCUACCCUGUUGAUGUUGAUCUACAGCUUUCGGCUAACGAAGUAGGCCUUGAACACACGCUACGUUUAAAAGAAGCAAGCACUGGAAAUGUAACUUGUUUUGAAGACUACAGUCCAUGUCCUAGUACGCCUAUAGAACAUGUUUAUCGCAGGCAACAUUCCAACUCAAAUAACAUAGGAGAAGUUGGAAUGCACUGGAAACUUAUUCCAAUUACAGGAGGGGCAGGAGGAGUUCAAGAGGAUCAGCUUGAAAAAUGUGAAUGUAAGCAAACAGGUCUGAAAUCACCAGAAGAACCACUGGUGUAUUUACCGCCAAAGGAUGCCUUUCCUAAUGACCCCCGGGUAAUAAGUAGACAGAGAAGUUCUGAUUAUCAGUUUCCAUACUCUCCAUUUGCAGACACACAAAAGGGGACAGCAGAAGAUGGACUUUAUACAAGACAAGUGGAGAAACUUGAAGAUCAGUGUGGGCUAGCAGAUCACCCUUUUACAACUAAGCAUUCCAUUAGUGCAAUAAUAGAGACUACACUAUUAGAAGAAUAUAAUCUCUUUGCAAGAAAGAUUCAGGAAAUUUUGCAGCAAAAGAAUAUUGCUUAUGUUAGUGGUGUGUCCACACCAGUCUUCUCUGCCCGAGAGAGAAUAAUGAGACUUUCUGAGUACAUCUGUUUACAGGCAUCAGAGAUUUCUGUCCAAGAAUAUAUAGAGACACUGAGUGAGAAGUUGAAUAGUGUUAUUUUGUCCUCUUCGUGCACUAGGGGUACUCCACCAACUUAUUGUAGUCCUGAAUCAGCAGAAGUGGUUAGUAACGCUGCACUGAAUCCUCCACCCGACACAUUGCCUGUUUGCAGGGACUCUGACACGGUGUUGUUACCAGAGCCAUUGUGUAAUAACGUGGUGGAAGAGCUGGAUUCUAACGAGCAGCGUUCGUCAAGCUUACCCUUAGUGAAGGAGGAAAUGGAUCAUGUGAAUGCUAAAACGGAGGAUACGUUGACAUCUGGUCAGACCUCUUCCAGUGGUGAUCUGAUGGAGCCACCAGAAAAGAUACAGAAAUCCCCAGAGAACUUAAACAUUUCAACCCAGCCAGCCCUUUCUGAUUUUAUAAGUCAGUUAAAACCGGAAGUAUUUAACAGUUUGGUCAAAAUUAUUAAAGAUGUACAGAAAAACACUGUGAAAUUUUAUAUUCAUGAAGAGGAGGAAAGCAUUCUCUGCAAAGAAAUCAAGGAAUAUCUUACGAAGUUAGGUAACACAGAGUGCCAUCCGGAACAGUUCCUUAAAAGAAGAGCUGCUUUAGAUAAACUGUUGAUAAUUAUCCAAAAUGAAGACAUUGCCAACCUCAUCCAUAAGAUACCUGGCUUAGUAACUUUGAAGAGGCUUUCUUGUGUCAGCUUUGCGGGUGUCGAUAGUUUGGAUGAUGUGAAAAAUCACACUUACAAUGAAUUGUUUGUGUCUGGCGGUUUUGUUGUGUCGGAUGAAUCUGUCCUUAAUCCAGAGUCCCUCACUACAGAUAAACUAAAACAGUUCUUAAAGUUUUUGGAGGACCUCAGUACCCCAGAUGGGAAAUGGCAGUGGAAAGUCCACUGCAAAAUACAAAAAAAACUUAAAGAGCUGGGGAGAAUGAAUGCUAAUGCCCUGAGCCUGCUGACCCUUCUGAAUACCUAUCAAAAGAAGCACUUGGUUGAGAUUCUGUCUUACCAUAACUGUGAUUCUCAAACUCGAAACGCUCCCGAAUUAGACUGUCUUAUCAGGCUUCAGGCUCAAAACAUACAACAGCGACACGUUGUCUUCUUAACAGAAAAGAAUCUCAGAACACUUUCAAAUUACGUUGAUAAUGGAAUAGUGGUUGCUACUGUUGAUGACUUUAUGCAAAAUUUUAAAAGUCUCGUUGGGUAUCACAACUCGGUUACUGAAGAAAACAGCCUUCCUCACUCUGAUCCGCACAAAAGACAAUCAGUUCUUGUAGAAAACGAUGAAAAGGAUGAGGAGGACAUGUCUCUGGAUUCAGGGGAUGAAACAUCACAAAUAGAAAUCUACAAUGACGCCUCUGAAACUCAUGUGGAAGCUUUGCAGACAGAGGCCAAGGGCUCACAUGGAGUAGGUGCAAAAGCAAGCUGCUUAUCAGUUAUGGAGUUAUCUCCUAAAGCACAAAUUGGCGUUAUGGAAAAGACUUCUAAAAUUGACUUGGAAGAGAUACAACCAAUUACUCUAGUUUCUACAACAUGCUCUGCUGAGGGAGAAAACCACAAGUCAGUUGAACAAGCUCCUUUCAAUAACUUCCAGGUUUACAGCAGACAACUGAACAUGUCCUAUCAGUUCAGUCACUUCAACGUGCUCACGCAUCAGACUUUUCUGGGAACAACAUACCCCAUUUCCUCUGCAAGUCAAAACCAAGAAGGGGGCAGUUAUUUUCUCUCUGCUUACAGUCAGAGCACGGAUACAGAAAAGUCAUCGCCUGGUGGUUGGGAUAUAAAUUGUGGUUCUUCCAGGCCAUACUCAAACCAGAAAUAA